GUAGAGGCCGGAAGUGGAUUUUUCUUAACCCGGAAGGGGAGUUCUUCCCUGGCUGCGGCGUUGAUGUUUUACCACUGCCUCUCCUCCUGCCGCUGAGGGAAUCGUCGUGGAAGGAUGGUGUGCGAAAAAUGUGAAAAGAAACUUGGUACUGUCAUCACUCCAGAUACAUGGAAAGAUGGUGCAAGGAAUACUACAGAAAGUGGUGGAAGAAAGCUGAAUGAAAAUAAAGCUUUGACCUCAAAAAAAGCAAGAUUUGAUCCAUAUGGAAAGAAUAAGUUCUCCACUUGCAGAAUUUGUAAAAGUUCUGUGCACCAACCGGGUUCUCAUUACUGCCAGGGCUGCGCCUACAAGAAGGGCAUCUGUGCUAUGUGUGGAAAAAAGGUUUUGGAUACCAAAAACUACAAGCAAACGUCUGUCUAAGUGUAUUGAAGUUUCUGGCUUUCCGUAUGAUUUUACUUUUUGCUUUGAAUUUUCAAGGCAUAACAUAGACGUUCAAAUUACAAAAUAACAUGUCUCGAGACAAGUUUAAAGCAGAGAAGUUGAUUAGCAUUCAUUCUUUUGCUCUCAAGAAGUUCUGAACAGCAACAGUGUAACUAGUUUUCUGCCUUAAGUUUUAUUUUCCUUACAAACAACUUAUUGAACUGGAAUAAGUGACAAAUUUAACAGAAAAAUAUCUUCCCAGUUCUGUAUGCACUUUUUAUUUAUCAUUACUCGUAUAAUUUUUAUUAUCCUUUCCCUCUACUUUAUUUAUAGAUAUUACAAAAGUAAGAAAGUGAUUACUGAUAUUUGGUUCUGAACUUGGCAUCCAGAUAUGCAAUUCUUCCCUCAUUCCCUGUUGGUUGCAUAGUUCUUAGAAUCAGCAGUCCCUUAAUUAAUUGCAUUUUCAUAGGGCAUUUAAAUAUCUGAGACCAUUAUUGCUAAAUAGUUCCUUAAGUAAUUAGCCCAGACCCAAAUCAAACACAAGAUAUAUUUGUGAUACUUUUUAUUUAUUCUUGAAACCAAAGUGCCAGUACCUUUCAUACAAAAAUUGGAACACAAGGGCCACCCCAUAUAUAUCCAAAUGAAUACACUGGCUUUCAGAAAAACACAGAUUACACACAUUACCUUGAAUUCAGGCCAUCAUGAAAGCCAGGAGAACCAUGUGCAUCCAUGAUGAUGUGUAAUGAAUGAAUCACCACUCUUUGGGAAAGUGCGUUGAAGCAGAAACCAAACUGUUUUUUACCUCUUUUCCUUCUCCCUCCUUCUCCAAAAAUAAAUAGAGUAAGCAGACAUUUUGACUUUUUUUUAAUAGCAUAGACAGCUGAAAGACUACUUUGAGAUUUCAAAUAAAGAUUUUUCUUACGCUGCCUUCAGAGAUAUUGGACUUCUGCUUUUGAAACCUGCAGCUUACUGUGGGAGACCAGAAAAGUACUCCCCACUACCAAGUGCAGCAUGCAGUAUAAAUACACAUCACUAUAAAAUGUGUAGAAUAGAUAACGUGGUGAUAUACAUGGUAUAGAUAUCACAUUUUAAUUCUUUUUAAUUACUAUGGAAAGUAUUUAUAGGAUACAUUCUUAUUCUUACCCAGAAAAAGCACAAGGAUAACAUAAAAUAUAUCAAAUAACAAUAGCUCUUAGGGCAAGAAGUGUCUUCUUAUCCUUUAAUUUGGCAUUUUAAACUAAAAUCAACACAAGUGACCCAUAAUGGGACCUGGUUAAGAUAGUCGCCCAGAGUCAUUAAAAGUUGGGUGGAUCAGCUUUGGGAAAAGCACUUUUCUCAGGUAUCAGCUGGGAUCUGGACUUCCACAGCUCAUAUUUCGUACUCAUGCCUUGACUAGCCUUCCAUAAAUGAUCCAGUGGCCAGACUCGGUUAUUCUAUGAAGAUAUUUAUUAGUAUUAUACCUCAGAAUAGUAUAAAUAUUAUAAAUCUUUAUAUUGUUGAAAUAAUAUGACUGCCAAAAUUGAACAGAAGUUAUUAAAUGAGAAGGAAAGUCCCAAAACAAAAUGUGAACAUAAAGUAUUUUUUUCAAAAGAAGACAUAAAAACAGAAACUGUAACAUUAAGAUGAGAGAAUUAAGACCAAACAUAGCUUUUAUCAGAGUAAAUGUAAAAAUAUUGAAAUAACAUGGUUUUUUAAAUCUCAGAUUAUAUUUAAUAAAUGUCAAACAAAUACCAACAGAACACUUCUUUAGUACACUCAUUCAUUAGAAUAUGCAACCAUCAGAAUGAUACAAGAAUUACAUAUCUGUGCAGAAGUUUGUGUGUACAGAUAGAAAACUUCUGAAAGCUCGUAGUACUGUUUUUCUCUGUGGAGUGGAACUAAGGGUUAAGAAAAGAGAGCCUUAACCCUUUACAGCCUCAUGCCAACUACCUAAUACUUUUUAGCUUCUACUUCCUUACCUAGGGGAGCAGGAGAGUACUAAUAAUUUUAGAAAUGUGUAUUUACAUGCGCAUAUAUGUAUAUACAUUUUUGAGACUUUCAGGUAGAAGAAAUAUAUACAUUGCUCUGCACUUCAAUUCUUUCUCAAUGUUUCUCCUAUUUGCUUUACCAUUUUCUCUCUAUCUCUUGUUAUACAUUUUUUUCUUGACUACGAUGUGAUGAAUACGUUGCAGACAUACCCUUUAAUACGACAUAUGUACUUCAUAAGAACAAGCAUGCUAAGUAUAGUUAUCAAAUUCAGGAAUCUGAAUUUCAUCUGAUACGUAGUCCCUUUUCCAAUUUCAUUUGUUGUUCCAUUGGUAAUUUUAUUUUCAGCUACAGGAUCUAGUCCAGGAUCAUAUGUUAGAUUAUCAUGACUCUAAUCUGGACCAGUUCUUCAGUCUUUGUCCUUUGUAGUAUUGAUUUGCUUGAAGAAUACAGGACAGAUAAAGUAUAGAAUAUCCUUCAGUUUGGGUUUUUCUGGUUUUUCCUUAUAGGAUAGAUUCAGGUUACACAGUGUGGGCUAUAAUACUGUCCUCCCAGUGUCACAUCCAGACUCACAGAAUGUCUUGUUGGUGAUAUUAAUUUAUCAGUUGGGUAAGAUGUUGUCUGGUUUCUCCACUGUAUAGUUACUAUUUUUCCUUUUGCAAUAUGUAAAUAAUUUGUGAGGAGAAACCUUGAGACAAUUUUGAUUGAUAUUCUAUUCCUCUUCAAGCCUUCCCCUCUUAGAUUUAGCAUCCUUUGAGAAUUCUUAUCUGAAUAAAUUUUUUCUAUAAUGCUUACAAAAUUGUGAUUUUCUAACUACAUUAUUCUUUCUGUAUUUAGUUUGUCAUUCUACUCUUAGGAAAAAGUUUCCCUUUAUCUGUCUGUUUAUCAUGAUUAUAGAAUAAAUGCUUUUUUUUCUGACCACUUAA